ACUGUGCUAUGAAGAAAGCGAGGCAAGGAUCCGGACUGGCAGGUACGUGCCCUUCUUACUCCCACUUCCAGGCCUUUGCCUCCCCGGGAAAGCCGGGCGGAGGGAUUGGCCUUGCCUGGCGCGCCAGUCCGGUAAAUGGCACCAUUCAUCGAUUUUGCUCAAUCCAAAAAGAGAGAAGAUAGUUAACUGAAAGAAAUCUGCCCCACUGCUGCUGCAACCAGAUGCCUUCUUCUACUUCACCAGACCAAGGAGAUGACCUGGAGGCCUGUGUUUUAAGAUUUUUAGACUUGGAUUUGAAAGACACAAGUCUUAUUAAUCCCAAUAGCAGUCUCAAAGUAGAGCUAGAUGUCAAUACAAAGAAGAAAUACUCAUCUGCAAAGAAAAAGGCGUUUGCCCUUUUUGUCAAAACCAAAGAAGUUCCAGCACUUUCUUAUAAAUGUAAAGAAAUAUGGUGGAAAUGCUGUCAGCAACUGUUCACGGACCAGACCAGCAUCCAUAGACAUGUGGCCACACAACAUGCUGAUGAGAUUUGCCACCAGACUGCUUCUAUUUUAAAGCAGCUGGCUGUGACAUUGAGCACCUCAAAGAGUCUUAAUUCUGCAGACAAAAGGGACCCUCUAAAAGAGUACCUUACUGGAAACCAUGAAGUAUCUACUUUGCUCCCUGAUAUUAGUUGCUUUAGCCCUGAUGAGCUGAUAAGUGGCCAGGGCAGUGAUGAAGGAGACGUGCUACUUUAUUACUGCUACUGUGACCUGGAGGAUCCCCAUUGGAUCUGUGCCUGGCAGUCAGCUUUGUGUCAGCACCUGCACCUUACAGGCAAGGUGCGAAUUGCUACGGAAGGAAUCAACGGCACAGUUGGUGGAAGCAAACUGGCCACCAGACUCUAUGUGGAAGUCAUGCUUUCCUGCCCGUUGUUUAAAGAUUAUCUGUGUAAAGAUGAUUUUAAGACCAGCAAAGGAGGAGCUUGCUGUUUUCCAGAAUUGCGUGUUGGUGUAUUUGAAGAAAUUGUGCCUAUGGGGAUCAGUCCCAGUAAGAUCUCCUACAAGAAACCUGGAAUCCAUUUAUCCCCAGGUGAAUUUCAUAAAGAAGUAGAAAAGUUUUUGUCUCAGGCAAAUCAAGAACAGAGUGAUACUAUCCUCCUGGACUGCAGAAACUUCUAUGAAAGCAAAAUAGGACACUUCCAGGGCUGCUUAGCCCCAGACAUCAGGAAAUUCAGCUACUUCCCUAGCUACGUUGACAAAAAUCUAGAACUUUUCAAGGAGAAGAGGGUAUUGAUGUAUUGCACUGGGGGCAUCCGUUGUGAGCGGGGUUCAGCUUACCUCAAAGCCAAGGGCGUGUGCAAGGAAGUGUUCCAGCUCAAGGGUGGCAUCCACAAGUACCUGGAAGAGUUUCCUGAUGGCUUUUACAAAGGGAAGCUAUUUGUUUUCGAUGAGCGUUAUGCCUUGUCCUACAACAGUGACAUAGUGUCAGAAUGUUCAUACUGUGGAGCCCCAUGGGACCAGUAUAAACUCUGCUCCACUCCCCAGUGCCGCCAGCUAGUCUUGACAUGCCCUGCCUGUCAAGGACAAGGAUUCACAGCCUGUUGUGUCACAUGUCAAGACAAAGGGAGCAAGCCAGCUUCAAGCCCUACCCAGAACAGCUUUAAAGAGGAAUGUGAAUGUACAGCCCGAAGGCCACGCAUACCCAAUGAACUUGCACAGCAGGCGCAACUCUGCAGAAGCCCAGAGCCAAGACCUGGUGUUGGUGAGGAUGGGCCUUAGUGUGUCAGCGUUUCCCUAAGCCCUUACACAUCUAGGUUUGAGGCAACCACGAUCUGGAGAAUGUCAAGGCUGCAGCAACAGAGAAAUGGGGACUUUUAGUGCUGGCCAGUGCCACCAUGGCAGACGUCACCAUACUGGCCACCUAUACUUCAUAAAAGGAGGGAAAAGGGAGUUGGUGCAGACCACUUACCUGAGACAUUCUGAUGCUAGAGCACAGGAAAAGGUGAGCUCUGUGGGAUCCCAAAGCAGCUGAGGGAUAGAGCCUUGAGCCUGGUGAUCAGGUCAUGCCCUUUCUGUGCCACAUAUCAGGGCUGGUCAUAGUCAGUUUUUUUGUCACCAAACCUGUCCUGAUGGCAGAAGUGUGAAAGUCGUGGCCCUGAAAGUAGACUCCUUAGAACCAGUCCUUUUAGGUCACCUGCCAUUCACCCCUGCCCUCACCUCAUCUCUGUUAGCUUGAGUGCACUGGACCAGGAUCUGCAGACUACAGCAUUUGGCCCAUCUGCUUUUGUAAAUAAAGUUUUAUUGGAAUAGCCACACCUAUUUAUUUACAUAUGGCUUAUGGCAGAAAUAAGUAUUUACAACAGAAAAAUUAUGGCCUGCAAAACAUAUUUACUGUCUGGUCCUUUACAGAAAAAAUUGCCACCUCUUGGUCUAGACCAACAGCUCGUCUGGUGGAACAGAUGGCUCACCUUCAUUUUUUAUUGAUUUGGCUUCUAACAGAUUUUUCCCUAAUAGUCUCUGUUUCCCCCAGCAUGCACUAUACUUAGCUUUUAAGUAUUUUCUGUGAGAGAUUCAUAUUAGCUCAAUGACACUGACAUUUGGGUGGUUUUUACAGGAGUGCCUCAGGAUACAAGACACAUUCUGCAUGAGGUCAUUCAG